UCUAGAUUUCAGGGGGUUUCCUGCCGCCCGCCGCAUCGUUCCGCCAAUAGGAGUACAACUAGAUGGGUACCCUGUCUACCCCGGAUAAUGCAGAGGUUACACAACCAUUAGCAUCUGAACCUAUCUCCAACUGACUGGCGUUGGGUGAGAACCUAAUCGAUCCUCUCAUUGAAAAAUAUGGCCUCAAGGCCUGAGGAGGUGGGAUUAAAGCCAUCAUAGAAGUGCGGUUAUGAGAAUUAACCAAUGUUUGAUUAUACAACCUACCUAGUUCUCUAGUUCUACGAUUGGGUAUAAUAUAGCCUAUUUUCUAACUUAUCACAAGCAAUUCCAAUAUCUGUUACGGUAACGGAUGCUCUUAAGAGGAAAGUACGGCAGCACCAGAGGAAAGACCGGCACCUCCGUGUUCCGCGGAUAGACACUUCCCAAUUUUAUGAGACCCGGAAAUAUGGGUAAGGUUUCGGCAGCGGGUAGGGCUUACCACGGGCUUGGAGUGGACCCCUCAACUAACGAUCGCGUGCUCGCUCGCCAUGAAACCCGUUUUUUCCCUCACGAAUCACAAUCUACGCUCUUAUAUAUAUCACUACCUAAUUUUUGCUAUAAACCACGAUACACUUAUACACGGCUUCAUUAUUCUUAGUAUAAACGUUAUACCCUUUAGAACUUUGAGGUUCGAGACGGCAUCGGACAGCCACAAAAUGGUCCAUGCCAAUGCGUCGAAUUUUGCUGAGGGGGUGACGAAAGACGAAGCUUACACUCAAGUACUAUUACAGGCCGAAGGUCUCUUUGAAGGUCAAAGAAACUGGGUGUGCAAUCUCGCCAAUGCGGCUUCCCUGUUAUGGCACGCCUACAAGUCACUGCCGCAGCCGAGUAACCAGGUGAAUUGGGCGGGCUUUUACACACUCGACCCGCAGGCAGCGUCAUCAAAGCAGCAACUUAUUCUAGGCCCUUUCCAGGGCAAAGUAGCCUGCCAGACCAUCGCUUUCGGGAAAGGGGUUUGCGGCACGGCAGCAGAGACUCAGACGACGCAGUUGGUUCCGGAUGUCGAGCGGUUCCCGGGCCACAUCGCAUGCGAUGGGGAUAGCAAGAGUGAGAUAGUGGUCCCUAUUACUGUAGAAACAGAGGGUAACGGGGAAAAGGCGAGGAAACUGGUUGCUAUCAUCGAUAUUGACUGCGCCGACCUUAGCGGUUUCGAUGAGGUAGACAAGAAGUAUCUAGAGCAACUGGCAGAAUUGCUCGGGCGAAGCUGUGAUUGGUAAUGCGUGACGUUCGGUCAUGCUGUCAUCAUCAAAGACAAAAGGCUUCGCAGCUUAGAGAACCACGCGUAGAGGAGAGGGCUACAGGAAUGUUGGAUUAUUGAAGCAUGGUUCGAUUUCAUGUACGUACCCUAUGCAUGUAUGUACAUAGAUAUAUGCCUAUCACGUCCCAUACCCCUUAGAAGGUUAGAGGCCUCAGACGUUAAACAGAUAAAUUAACAGCCCAACAAACGAGCACAGCCACCCAUAGGUAGUAAUAAG